AUAGACGUUUGACAUGACUAUUGAAAGGUUCCACAACGAUGAAAAAUAUCGCAAAAACCUUACUGAAAUUCUAUGAAGAAUAUAAAGCUACUGAUUAUUUAACAGAAAUUGAUUUUGUUCAACAAUGUAUCAAAAGUCGCAAAUUAUCUACGGAAGACGACCUCGUAGAUUAUUUUCUACGUUUUAUUCAAUGCGAAGCAUUUAUUUCGAAAAUAGCGAAACGGUUCAUAACAACACAAAAGUUGAGAAAAGUGAAUGACAAUCGGGUUAAAGUCUUGAUAUUCUAUUGCAUCUUUAUUCUGGAUUGUGAUAACGUCAAAGAUAUUAUAGAGGAUCCUGUUUAUUAUACAAAACCAUUACUAAAUUUCUUAAGCUCCGAAGCAAAUUAUCAGUUUAUAGUGAAUUGUUGUUCACAAUAUUUUGACAAUGAAUUCAUUAUCCACCACGUAAUGGAACCACUUAUGAAUAGAGCCAAUGCUUUUAAAACUAUCGAAAAGUAUAUUCAUAUAGAAGAGCUAAAAAAACUUCCGCACAAACAUCUUACAGUUCCUAAAGAAUUCAAAUUUGGAACGAAACAUUAUGGUUCACCUUACCCUCCUGCAAAUACGCCCAAAACUCCUGUUGUAGAACCUGAAACACCCACUGUAAAUUAUGAUAAACGAUCUUAUUUACAAUUACAACAAGAGUUGAGGAUAAAACACAAAGAGAAUGUCGCCAAAGCUCAAAAGUUACUUCAGGAGGCUCAGAAUUCUAAAAAUGCAAGGCUUUCAACAGUUAAAACCAUCAAAAGUGUUGAGCCUCCGCCGACAGAACCGAAAGUACGGAAAAAUGCUCCCCCAAUGAAACAAGUAGAAAUAAGAGGCAACACCACAACAACAUUGAGAGAAGCUUAUCUUCUUCUAAAAGAACACGAAGAAGAAAUAAACAAGCUAGAAAAUAUCAUUAAGGGCGGAUAUAAUAUGCAAAAGAUAGCAGAAAUUGAGCAAGAAGAAAGAAAAAUAGCUGAGAAAAAGGCAGUAGAAAGUAUACAGAAAAAACAUUUACUUGGUUUGAUUACAUUUGAAGAAGCGAUUUUAGCGAAGAAAAAACUUAUUGAUAAUAACAAACAAAGAUCUGCCGAAAUCAUUGCUGAACGAAUCGAAUUAGCCGAAAAAUUAGAAGAGUGGAGAAGAAUAGAACAAGAAAAAAUGAAAGCCAAGGUAGAAAAGAGUCAACAAAUCAAAGUUGAUAUGAAAGAAUCAGAAAAAAGAAAACUAGAAAAGAAACAGGAAGAAGUAAGAAUUCAGCAGCACGAACUUAGAGAAAUGUUAAAAAAGAAUGAAGAAGAAAAAGCCGCUGAACUUGCGAAAAAGAUUGAGUUAAUACAAGAAAUUAAAACUAUCCAUGAAAUGAAUAGGAAAAUGAAUGAAUCCAGAAAAGAUUUUGAUCCCACGGAAACUGCAAAUUUGGGGCUUCUCUGUGAAAUGUCGAUAGCAGAGCUACACGAACGCCUUUUUAUAGAGAAGAUGAACAUCACCAAGGAACUAGAAGAGAAACGAAAUAAAAUAAUAAACAAAAAACUUGAACAGCAGAAGAUGAUUGAAAAUUAUAAAGAGAUGAUAACGCAGAUGAGAAAAACACCAAAAUGUACAAUAGAGCCUAUUGUAGAAAUUUCUCAAAAAGAAGAAGAAAAUCCUGAGUUGACGGAGCUCAAAAGGAUUUUAGAAGAAAAGAGGAAUCUAAGGAAUAAAGUUUCCCUAUAAUGUUUUUGGUAUUACGCACAUUCAAUUGUUCAAUUAAAGGAUUUGUAUAUGAAAUUUUAUUUGAAAUAAAUUAUUAUGAAUUUCA